AUGGUACACACAGAGGUAGAUAAAAGUGACAACAACCGAAAGAACUUGCACAAUGGUAUAUUGAAACGAAAAAUGAUUGAGCCAAACAAACUGCGCCAACAAGUUGUGCAAACAAAGGCUAAACCUGGAUACACAAGCACACGGCUGCCGCCAUUGAAAACCCGUAAAUUACCGGAAGUUAAAGAGCCAAAGUCAUCUGAAACUCUAGAUGAUAAACGAAGCUUUGUUCCUGAAAGCUUUAGAUGGCUGAUAGCAAAACGGAAGUUUGAACGCGCUGAGAAAUUAAUCAACUUCGUAGCAAAUGUUAAUAGAGUGCCAAAACCAGAUCUGAAGAGUCUAUUCGCCACAGCGAUGAAAGAAACAAUCACAACGUCAAAACCCACAGCUGGAUACACAAUUUUCACCUUAUGGUCGUCAAAAGAGCUGCGAAUUGUAACCCUGGCAUUGUCUGCCGUUUGGUUUGCUAUAUCUAUUACUUGGUAUAGUAUAGCCCUAGGAAUGGAAAGCAUUUCUGUCGACAUUUUUUGGACCAUGUUCCUCAUCAACUUAGUGGAUGUACCUGCAUUUUCUGUAACUGGUCCAUUAUUGAACAGAUUUGGUAGAAGGAAGUAUUGUUUCGUGACAUUUGCUGCAUCAAGUAUACUAUGUUGUGUUUCUGGCGUAUUUCAACAUUUUGAUAAACUGUCACAGAAUUCUGCGUCUCUCACAGUGACCGCAUUGGUGCUUUCGUUGUUGGCAAAAAUGACCGUAACAGCGGCUGAUACAGCUGUAAUUGUUUAUACGGCGGAAUUAUAUCCCACAGAUGUGAGAACAACGGGUUGUGGUUUUCAAGGAACAGUAGGAAGACUUGGUGCAAUUGCGGCUCCACUGCUCGUUCAUCUUGAUGGAAUCUACCCUGGAUCAAUGUAUUUUACAUGUGGAAUGUUAUUGUUCCUGUCGACCGGAAGUAUCUUACGACUAAAGGAAACAAAAGAUGAUAUACUGCAGGACUCGGUUAUAAACACUCUAGAUCCUGGUGAUGGAUGA